CGGCGCAUGCACUGACGAGAGUCGUCGCAUUGGGUCGGCGCUCAUUCUUGUUCGUCGUUGAAGUGUAGUUGUUGUUCCUGGCUGGUCAGUAAUGCUCAGGCGAGCCGUGUGCGCGGUGCGCGGCGCGCGGCCGGGGCCCAAGCAAAUAACGACCCUCACGUGAGCCAUAUCAGUGUCGAAGCCACAGAUACGUCGUCGCAGUCACUACCAGAGACGAUCGACUGCAAGUAUCCUGGCCAGACACGCAGGUGUUUGCGCACGCACUGGCGGUGCGGGGAGCGAUGACGUCGGUGGACUGGACGACAGCCGUGCAGCAUGUCGCGAGAGAAGUCGGCGCGCGCGGGCGCGGAAGGGCCCUGGAGGGAUGCAUCACACAGGAUAGCUUCCAGGAGUCUGCGCGACUUGUCUGGGCAUGAUUCGAGGCGUUGGGCUGUUUGAUGCGCUGGGGGCGAGUGGUCGUGGACGCAGGACCGCGUCGGCCAGGGGCAGUUUCUGGGAAAGCGCAGCCCGUGCGCGCGACAGCGUCCGCUGGACCUCAGACCUCACAUUCUUCCAAGCCAUCACCCGCCUGCCGCCAGCCGUCUGUCGUCUGCCUCCGCGAAGUGCUGCUGCGCGCUCGCCCGACCCAUCCCUCCGCCGUCUGCGCCCUUGCAGCUGCGCCGUGCGAGUUGCGAGUUGCCGACACGCUCACGCACCACCGCGUUUCGGUGCGCGUCCGGAUCGUCUGCAACCCUGCAGCGCCGCCGAGUCCAGCACCGCGUCACAUAUUGUUUUCGAGCGUCGCCACAACACCCCCUAAUACUAAUGGCGCGAGGAAAGCGCUGCUGAUCCGACGGACGCCCUCUGCCUUGGUGCACCGUUGCGGCAGAAGCGCGGCACACCGGCGUUGGCACCAGCGGAUGCCGAGCGAGCCAGCGUGUGCGAGAACGAGGCACCGCCAGCACCAGACGUACCCGCGUCGCGCACACGACCGCGCGCCCAGCGCCGCAGGUGAAGGCGCCCCCCGCCAGGCCCGAGCACCUCAGCACGUCUCUGUUUGUCAACAAUGAACGCCGCCUGCUGAACGCCCCGACCUGGACACAACCUUCCCGUCUCCUGUUGCGCCUGACGAAUCCACACCCGCGCAGCGCCGCGCACCAUGUCGCGCCCCGGCCAACGCAUAACCCUGCAAGCUCUCACGCCCU